UCCAAUUUAAGAACUAAACAAAUGGCGCCAACUCGUGUCGUCGUCGUAGAUACUCUUUAAGUAAAAAGUUGUUUAUAGCGAUAGGCUUGUUAAUUAUGGAUAUUAGAAAGUUUUUAACUGGUGGUACCAAUAAUGCAUCAAGUAAGAAAACGACAUCCAAGGCAGCUAAAACACACGAAUCGGUAAAAGAGAAUAGUAAAGUGAAAUCGAAGAAAAGAAUGAUCAUCGAUUCAGAUUCUGAUUCCGAAGAUCCUCUUCCGAAAAGCAAGGAAAUUAGAAACAAGAAACGAGUCAUAAACGACGAUUCUGAUUCGGAAGACGUAUUCCAGACGAAAUCUGUAAAGAAAUCACCAAAAUUAUCGAAACAAGUGGCCAUAGAUGUGGACGAUUUCUUUAAAAUCGAAACUGUAAAACUGAAAAGUGAAACCGCAACUAAGAAAAAUGAAAAGGCAGCUCGUAAAGAAAAGUCACCGAAGAAGCUCUCGACGAAAUUAGCCGAAGCCAAAGCGGCUUCUAAAGUCUCGAAAACCGACAGGUUAAACUCUCAAGAUGUUUCGGAAGCCGAAACGGCAGAGAAGAGCAAAAAUACCUCUAAGAAGAGUCCGAUAAAAAAUUCUAAAGUUUCCAAAGAAAAUAUAUCUGAAAAAUCCUUUGCAAAUGUUAAAAACAAGCACGACGAUUCUAAUGUCGAGUUGAAACCGAGUCUGACUGUCAAAACUGAAAGUAGCAAAGAUAUGGGAGAUGUGGAAGAAAAAUCCUUCACGAACAUUAAGAAUAAGCAUGACGAUUCUAAUGUCGACUUAAAACCAGGUCUGAUCGUCAAAACUGAAAGUAGCAAAGAUAUGGGUGAUAUGGAAGAGAUGCCUAAGAAGCAUAAAACAGAAGAUUCCAAUUCUAGUGAUAAAAGUCAAAAGAGGAGAAGUAAUUAUUUACAGUAUAGACAAUACUUGGAUCGUACCGGACCGCAGGCUCUCGGAACAAAACAGGUCCCAGAAGGUAAACCGAAUUGUUUGGCAAAAUUAACUUUCGUGAUCACUGGAGUUUUAGAAUCGUUUGAAAGAGAUGACAUAAAAAGUAUAAUAGAAAAAUAUCAAGGAAGAGUGACUACUACUGUUAGCAAGAAGACAAGCUACUUAAUUGUGGGCCGUGAUCCUGGUGCGUCGAAACUAGAAAAAGCCACAAAAUUUAAUAUUAAAACAUUAGACGAAGAUGGAUUAUUAGAUUUAAUAAGAGAAAGUGGAAACAAUAAUUCAUCAAAAGAAAAUAAUUUAGAAGAGAAAUCAGAUAUAAAACCAUCUAAUAAUACCAAUGAUAGAGAGAAUGUCAAGCACAGGCAUUCUGUAAAUACUGAUAAAGAUACAAAGAAAAAUGAAAAAAGGAAAAGGAGUGUUGAAUGUAGUGAUGAUGAAAAUGCAGUACAUAAAAAAUCUAAAGAUAAUCAAAAUAACUUAACUCAUGAUAGUGUUCCAGUUAAAGAAGGUUCUUCUGAAAGGGCAACUGACCUAGUUAAUAAAAUUGCAUCCGACACUGUUAAUAUGUGGGUGGACAAGUAUAAACCAUUAACGACAAAGCAAAUAAUUGGGCAGCAAGGUGAUCGUAGUAAUGUGAAAAAAUUAUCUCACUGGUUAUUAAAUUGGCAAAAAAAUUUAAAGUCAAAAUCACAUCACGGUAGUAAAGAUGAUGGCCUGCAAUACAAAGCAGCGUUACUUUCUGGUCCACCAGGAAUAGGUAAGACAACUUCGGCUCAUUUAGUCUGUAAAGAGUGCAGUUAUGAUUAUAUAGAAAUGAAUGCUUCUGAUACAAGAUCAAAGAAAAGCUUGAAAGCAGAAGUGAUGGAAAUAUUAGGCAAUAAGACACUAAAUAAUUUUGUUACCAGUACUAUUGGUGACAAAAAGAUAUCUUCACAGCAUGCCAUUAUCAUGGAUGAAGUGGACGGUAUGGCAGGCAAUGAAGAUCGAGGAGGAAUGCAAGAAUUAAUAGCAUUAAUAAAAUCGACCAAAAUUCCAAUUAUCUGUAUAUGUAACGAUAGGUCUAGUCCUAAGAUACGUUCUCUUGCAAACUAUUGUUUUGACUUGAGAUUUAUGAGACCUAGAGUUGAACAAAUAAAAUCUGCAAUGAUGUCAAUUGCAUUUAAGGAGAAGAUUCAAAUUUCUGCAAAUAUUUUGCAAGAUAUGAUUGUUGCUUCUAAUCAAGACAUUAGACAAGUUAUGCAUAAUCUUUCACUUUGGUGUGCUAAAAAGCAUUUGACUGCAGAACAGGCAAAAGGAGACAUUGGCAAAGGAACUAAAAAUAUAAAAUUAGGUCCUUUUGAUGUUUUAAGAAAAAUUUUUACGCACAGUGAAACAAAAAAUAUGUCAAUUUACGAAAAAUCUGAUUUAUUUUUCAAUGAUUAUUCUCUAAUUCCAUUGUUUGUUCAAGAAAAUUAUAUUAAUGUUCAGCCUGCAGAAGCUAAAGGAAAUGUAAUUAAACAUUUACAAUUAUUAAGUGGAACAGCGGAUAGCAUUUGUGAUGGAGAUUUGGUCGAGAAACAAAUCCGUAAUUCCAACAGUUGGAGUUUGUUACCGGUAGAAGCUAUUUAUUCCAGUGUAAUCCCUGGUGACUUAAUGGGAGGUUAUUUAACACGAAUGAUAAAUUUUCCAUCUUGGUUGGGAAAAAAUUCUACUCAAAAUCACAUUAAACGUUUGACUCAAGAAUUACAUAGCCACAUGCAUUUGAAAAUAUCUGCAAAUAAAACAGAUCUAAAUCUAGAUCAGCUAACUUUACUGAAAAAUUCCAUAGUUAAUCCUCUGAUUAGAGAAGAGCUCGAAGGUAUUCCGAAAAGCAUCGAAGUACUGAAGCAUUACUGUUUACUAAGACAGGAUGUGGAUAGUAUCGUCGAAGUAACACAGUGGCCAGGAAGAAACAAUCCAUUGAAUGUUAUAAGUUCUAAAAUUAAAACUGCUUUCACAAAAGCUUAUAAUAAAGAAGGAAUCACAAAUCCAUACUCAAUAGGUACAUUAAAGAAAUCAAAGAGGAAAGAAUCCAGGACAGACUUGUUAGGUGAAGAAGGGGAAGUGGAUUUUAGUGAAUCCAGUGAAAAUGAAGAUGACAGCUUUGACGGAAUGAUUAAGGUAAAAACAAAACCAGAUAAAAAGAAGGAAGCACCGGUUUCAAAAAGGAAAAAGAAAAAUUAAAUGUAAAUAAGAUGAUUAUUUUAUUUGAAUUUUACAAAAUUCCUUUAAAAUACCAAAAAAAAUAUGUAUAUGAUUAUUAUUUUCUUCAUGAUUAUAUAUUCCAAUAUAUAGGAGUAAUGUAAAUUCAUCUAUAAAAUUAUAGCUUUUGUAUAAUAUUGUAUAUGGAAUAA